CCAUGAUAAAAAUAAGGACGACAAAUUAAAAGGGCUACAAGAAAGACAAACUCAGUUGGAAGUAGAGCUUAAAAGUUGUGAUAUCAGGAAGAAUGAAAUUUCGAAGGAAGUGGAGAAAAGUAGGGAGGUGAUUCAAAAGCAGGCAACAUUAAGGCGCAAUAUAGAAGACAACUUGGAAUACAGAAAAUUGAAGGGACAAGUGGAAGAGCUUACUGGGGAGAUUGACUCACUUGAAGAAAAAAUUCUGCAGAUUGGUGGUGUUUCCAACACUGAAGCUCUGCAUUCUAAGCUCAAUCAAGAACGAGAUAGUCUUCUUACGGAGUUGAAUAAGCGCCGUGGCACACUAUCUGUUUACAGAAGCAACAUUGAAAGGAACAGAGUUGAUCUCAAGCAGGCUCAAUAUAAAGACAUCGACAAACGUUACUUUGAUCAAUUAAUUCAGCUGAAGACGACUGAGAUGGCAAACAAGGAUCUAGACCGAUAUUACAAAGCACUUGACAA